AUGCGGUGGCCUGCAAGCAGUGGCACCAGCAUGAUGCGCCACAUGGCGUAUGGCCAUGAGCCGUUGCAAGCAGCUGCAGAAGUCGGGCAAUGGCGCAACAGGGAAACACUAUAUGACAAUGCAGAAUUCCAAAAGCCUUAUGCUUGUGGGAUUAGGGCAUAUAAUGUAACGUUGGACAGUGGGUCGGGGGCCACUUUUGACUGCUUGUCCGAUUGGUCCUCGUUGCAAUGUGAUUAUUGUACUUUCCACACACCAAGUCUGGGAGAUGAAGAGUUCGAGAUUCCACCCAUUGCCCUGGACGCUGACCCCUCCUUGGCUGUUUCUGAUGUGGUUGGGCACUUUGAGGACCUGGGUGACCCCGUGACUGCUCCCGAUGCCACAUUCUCGGCCCAAUAUGGGGUUCAGGCCCUUGACAUACCUGUGGGCAUUAGCCAUGGUCUUAUGGAGCAAGGGGGCGGGCUGCUGAGUGGUGGGCUAGCCAUGGAUUUGGAUCACUCCAUGGGAACCCAGUAUGGCGCCAAUCCACCUGUCACCAUUGACGUGCCUAUGACAGACAGCAGUGGCAUCAUGGGGCAUGGGCAGCUGACCACCAUCGACCAAUCGGAGCUGAGCUCUCAGCUGGGGCUCAGCCUGGGAGGAAGUUCUAUCCUGCCUCCUGUGGCCCAGUCCCCCGAGCAGCGGCUUACACCUACCCCCUCACCCUCCAAUUCACUGCAGGAGGAAGAGCCAGAAGAAAUCAGGCGG